UGGAUAGAAUCUGACAGCAGAUCACAGCGGAUUGGUGGCAGAAAGCGAGCAGGAUCUGCGGUAUGUUUCACUUAAAUAAGCUAGAAUGGCAGAUUCUGCUUGGUUUCUGUCGCCAGUCUGUCGUUAUAGUCCGCCGUCGGAUCCUCUCGUAUUUCUGCCAGCGAAUGUUGACAGUCUGUAACGGAUAUUGUGUCAGAUCUGUUCUUGCAUAUCUGGCUAUCUGGGAUUACUUGUGUAUAAUUUCCGGUUACUGUACAACUCGACGAAAUUUGUAAAGAAUCUUAGCAAUUAAUGGGACUUUAUUUAUAUUCGUGCAGCGCCGCAAGAAAUGAGUCAACUUUAUAUCUGAGAAUCGGGAGGAUAGAUCUUUAAACUAACCGAUAGAAUUAUAGAAGUGAUUGAAUUAUCGACCAUAUGACAGAGGUCACUGCAUCUUUUGCACAUUUGCACACAUUGGCAAUAAUAUUGGUACAAAAUAUGGAGGAGACGAAUAACGACAAGUUCCUAUCACGAAGACGUUCCGCUGCUUUGAAAGCUUUUAAAGUAAAAGAUGAAAGAGUAGCUACCCUCAAGAAGGUAGCAGCAAUUUUACAAAAGUCCGAAAUAGAAAGGACGGCUGAAGAAACCGGAAUACUUAUCUCGUGCAGCGACGUGGUGAAGGAGGUUAAUUUACGACAAGAAAAACGAGACAGAAUCAAAGCCAGACUAGAGGAAGUCGAAGAUGCACCUGAGAUCCUGGAGGAGAAGUGCAUACGCUUGGCAGCAGCAAUUAGUAGAGCGACAUCACUGGCUGUAUAUACUGGCGCUGGUAUCAGUACAGCAGCAUCUAUCCCGGAUUAUAGAGGGACCAAUGGAGUUUGGACUCGAAUGCAGCAAGGAAAAGACAUUGGGAAUCACGAUCUGAGCCAAGCGGAACCGACAUUAACACACAUGGCACUUUAUGCGUUGUAUAAAGCUCGAGUAUUGAAGCACGUAGUCUCCCAAAACUGUGAUGGCUUACAUUUGCGCAGUGGUAUUCCGCGUAAUCUUCUUUCCGAAGUUCACGGAAAUAUGUAUGUGGAAGUUUGUAGGGCGUGUAAACCAGCUAGAGAAUACUGGAGGCUCUUCGACGUUACUGAAAAAACUGCGCGAUAUCAACAUCAUACAGGACGAUUAUGUCACAUAUGUAAUUCGGUGUUGCAAGAUUCUAUCGUUCAUUUUGGCGAAAGAGGUAGCCUCUCUUGGCCGAUCAAUUGGAACGGUGCAACCAGAGCUGCGAAGCAAGCAGACGUCAUAUUAUGUUUGGGUUCUAGUCUGAAAGUUCUCAAGAAGUAUCCGUGGUUGUGGCAAAUGGACAGGCCUGUUCAGAAAAGAGCUUCGUUGUAUAUCGUCAACUUGCAAUGGACCCCGAAAGAUGAAAACGCGGUAUUGAAGAUAAACGGAAAAUGUGACGAGGUAAUGAGGAAGGUCAUGAGCCAUCUUGGUUUGGAUAUACCGCAGUACAAUCGUACGAAAGAUCCGAUCUUCUUUCACGCGGUAAAACUGCAAAACAGCGAGCAGCUCACCACGACUCAACCGUGCCUCGAAGAGCCACCGAUUAAGAAAGAGCCUCUGAGUCAAAGUAGUGAUGAGAAUGUUAAGUGUACAGUGCAACAAACCGAUGAUAAAGAAGAAGAAGACUGCGUGUCGGCCGUAACAGUGACCGCCGCAACAACUGCCUACCAAGCGCCAUUUUUUACCGCGUUACCGUUUCUAUCCAUGGGCUUGCCGUUUCCUCCUAUGUACAUGUAUCCUCAGUUAACACCGGUAUUUUAUUAUCCUUUCAUACAAGUGCCGAACGCACCAACGGAAGCACCAAAACCCAAGCCAGCUUGUUCGUUUUGUAUGGAACACGAGGGCUCUCUCUCCUGUCUGUAUUAUCAACGUGACGGCGACUGUCCCGCACCAGACAAAACUAAAAACGGACAGAAGCAAGAGGAAAGUACGCUGGUGAUUCACACGGACACUCCUAUAGCGUCUCCCAAGAAUCCAGGUUGGUUCGGUAAAGGGUACCGUAAAGGUAUGAAGAAGAAACGGUAGCAUCUGCUCUAUGCGAUGUGUGUGCUGCCGCCUCCCGCGCGUUCGCUCUUUGUCGGAAUUACAAAAUAAUCUUACGGCACGUUGUACGAUAUAGUAAUGCGUACAUAAGUAUUUAAAGCCUCCAUAUCGUAACGCGACUCGUGCACAUUUUGUAGGUUUAUAGUAAUUUGAUUCCAGUAUUCGAAGCUUUAACAGAUAGACUGAAAUUUUCCAAGUAAUCCCUGGUAAUACUUGAAAUUAAGCGAUCCAUUAUUUUUGUCUAUUUUAUAAUAUAGAAUAUCUUACCCAUUAAACUUCCAACGUCUGAACUUACAACGCGUACAAUCGCGAAGCGAAGGACGAGGGGUACAUUUGAACUCGAGACUGUUACAAGAGCCAUUGAUCGGUGACAAUGUAUCGAAUGUUCUGCGCACCGUUUAACUACAACUUGAUCAUUUGUGUCAUUUCUCCAAACUCCAGUCAUCUCACUUGUACACUUUCGCGACAGCACAAGUCGUCGAAGAUUCCAAAGUCUAUGCUACGUUCGGGAUCUUCGCUUGCUCCUUUCCAACAAACAAUUUAGAAAGAGAGAGAGAGAGAUAGAGAGAGAGAGAGAGAGAGAGAGAGAGAGAGAGAGAGAGAGAGAGAGAGAGAGAGAGAUCCGCGACGGUAUAUUUACGAGUGUAUAAAUGUACUGGAACAGCCUGUGAAAACACGCGGUGACUGAAUCAUGUUUUUCAAUAUGUGAGCAAAAUAUGUGUACGAAGAGUUGGAGUCCGAGUCAAAGGUUCGAACUACUAGUUUGAUCCAAGUGUUAAUAAUCUGCCAAAUCUGAAUUCCGCAUCCCGCAUUGCGUAUAACGAACGCUUUCUCUCCUAUUUCUUACAUCAUUGCGAUCGAAUCGAUUGUAACGCACGAGAGUACCGGCGAGGAAGAAGAUAGACAUAGAAAAACAAAAAUAGAUAAGUGGAAGAAAUUCGAAAAAAGAAAACUCAAAAAGAAGUAAACCAAGAAGAAAUUUGUUUCUGAAAUUCAUACACACGAGGAUCUUUAUUUAUUGGUACUUACGCAUUAUGUAAGAAAAGAUUCUUUGACAUAUUGAUAUUGUUUUAUACAAAUUAUAUAUUAUUUAUAACUAAAAAAAGCUGCAAUAUAUAGACACAAAUACGCAUCUCUGGUAUGUGUCAAAAUUCAACAAAUUCAUAUUCGGAAAUAUAUAGUCAUAUUCCAUAUUGUUUUUCUUUUCUUCUUUUUUCUUUUCAAGGAAAAUAAGAAAAAUGUAGAGAGAUGUUCAAAUUGUUUCCCUUUUCUCGCCAGUAACGUUGAUAAACGUUUAAUAAAUCUCUAUUUCACAUUUCACAUAGAAAUUCUUGUUAGAAACUCUCUCGAUAUUUUGUAGAAGAAUUAUCGACUCCGUCCUCCCCGUCUCUUGUUUGUACAUAUUUUUGUGCUUCAUUUAGUAUAUAUUUAAUAUACAUUUGGAUUAAUCAACAAACUCCAACUUGUUCCUUUCAGAAUGCUACCUUACUUAUAUCGCUACUAUCCUACAUGUAUCGAACUUACGCAACACGUGAACACAUAUAAAGAUAAUCGAAUGGGGUAUUUAUAUAAUAACAUUUUCUUAGGAUAUAUACACACAUAUACUUAUGUACGAAUAUGUAUCGCGAGAAUUAUAAUUGUGCGACUUUUUCCUGUUUUUUCUUUAUUAUUAUUAUUAUUAUUAUUAUUAUUAUUUCAUUUCAUUUGUAUGAAGUAGUAGAGAACGUUUUCGGGCGAUGCCAACGAUAGUCUCGUAACAAUUUUUGGGCGAAUUAUAUUCGUGAACAUGUUUAUUCAGUUGUUAACGUUCAAGUGAUUGUUGAUUGUAAGCAAUAUGCUAAUCGUAGCUUAUCUAAAUUGUGACUCGAUUUACUUGCGCACUUUUAUGGAAUGUGUUUCUUGUUUUUUAUAGGAAUGUAAAUCUUGUUUCUCGAUAUUUUUCUCAUUUCAGUGUAAUAAUGUAUCGAUACGACGAGAAAUUAGAUUUAUAUGACACAAUAAGUGAACAUUCUGUAAGUGUACUCGUAUCUGUAUUAGAAAUGAGUAAGAACAUGCAAGAACGAAAAAUUCUAGAUAGCAUCGGGUUUUGUGUAAAAAAUAAAAACGUGUUUCUUACUAAUUUUUACAGUGAAUAAAGAGUCGCUUGUACAAUCGUACAUCUCUUCUGAAAA